GAAGAGAGAGAGAGAGACAGAGAACCAAACCAACCCUCAAAAGAAUAACAGACAAAACAUCGUCUCUGUGUGUGUGUCUGUUUUCGUCGUAUUUAAGGAAGUAAUGAAAAAAUGAGAGAGAAAGUUUCUGUUUUUUUUUUCUGUUUCUUUUUUGCUUAUUUGUAGUUUAGAGAAGAAUAUACGGAUACCCAUUUGAUCGUAUUACACUUAGGGUUAAUUCUCCGUACGUUUAAUGGAGCGGGGCCCUGAGUCCGAUCCGGAACCGAAAUGGUCAGCUCCGGGACCCGAAACAGGGCUUGAAGAGCCGGGUUGGCGGUUGGAAUUAGGGGUUGAACCGGAAUCAUACCCAGAGAGACCCAACGAAGUUGAUUGUAUUUACUAUUUGAGGACCGGGUUUUGUGGCUACGGCUCUAGGUGUCGGUUCAAUCAUCCACGUGACCGUGCUAUGGUUAUGAGAGCUGGAAGAGGUGAUGUAGGGGAGUAUCCGGAGAGAGUCAACCAGCCGGUUUGUCAGUAUUAUAUGAGGAUGGGGUCUUGCAGAUUUGGUUCUUCCUGCAAGUACCAUCAUCCGAAGGAGGGAGGUGGUUCUGCUAUCCACGUUCCACUAAAUUAUUAUGGAUAUCCUUUACGUUCGGGCGAAAAGGAGUGUUCUUACUAUGUGAAGACGGGGCGGUGUAAGUUCGGUGCUACAUGUAAGUUCAAUCAUCCUGCACCACCUGCUGUGCAGGUUCAGUCACUGUCUCCUGCUCCUCGAGUUCCAUCUGUGCCUUCACCAGUUCCUGCGCCUACAUUGUAUUCCACGGUGCAGUCACCAUCCGGCCCUUCCUCUCAACAAUAUGGAGUUUUAAUGACUAGACCUCCCCUAAUGCCAGGCUCAUAUGUGCAAGGCCCCUAUGGUCCUUUUCUACUUUCCCCGGGCAUGGUUCCUUUUCCGAGUUGGAAUCCCUACCCGGGACCUGUUUCUUCUGGUUCUCAAACCACUGUUGGACCUAGCUCAAUUUUCCGGGGAAAACCAUUAUCCCCUUCAGCGCCUGCCUAUACUGGGUCUUAUCAAUCUGUAACAUAUAGUGUUGGACCUUCAAGAAGUAAUCUGGAGGAGCAGCAAUUUCCCGAGAGACCCGGCCAACCUGAAUGUCGGUAUUAUAUGAAAACGGGUGAUUGUAAAUACGGAUCCUCCUGUAGAUAUCAUCAUCCACCUGAAGUGAUUGCACCAAAAGGAGAUGUCAUCCUUUGCCCUCUUGGUCUUCCUCUACGUCCGGGGGAACCAACUUGUACUCAUUUUUCACGACGAGGAGUAUGCAAGUUCGGACCUGCUUGCAAAUUUGAUCAUCCUAUGGAAAAACUAAGUUACAGUCCAUCAACGUCUUCCGUUUCCGAUAUGCCUGUACCCUAUCCCUUGGGAUCAAUGAUUGGUACCCUAGCUCCUUCAUCCUCCUCUUUGAAUUUACGACCAGAACUUCUUUCUGGAUCCAUCAAGGACCCUGCACCCACGAUAAUGUCAUCAUCGGUGAGCUCGUUGAGUGAAUCAGUUGGUUCGGGUUUUCCUAAAGGUACAGCCAUUCCUCAUUCAAUCACACAACAGUCUACUCAGUGUUUUGCCCCUCCUACCGGCAGCGGCAGCACCGAAGCCCACACUUCAAGUUAAUAGAUAAGAGAAGCACCGGCCUCGAUCCCUAUUCUUUUUAUCAAGGUCAUGAACCUACACAUUAUUAUUUUAUGCAGAAGUUUUCAAAAAAUAGGAGGGCUUAAUUUUGUUAUCAUGGCAGGCUCUGAUCAUCUAUGUUCGUAUAACCCUUGUAUGGCCGUCUCUUCCAUCUCGAAUAAGCCCAUGGCAAAUACCUUGAAAACUUUAGCAAAACCCUUACACUUUUGCUUUCGAAUAAUCACUGAAGAACCCUCAAAGACCUCAGUUACAUUAGGGGAAACCAUGUCGACCCAUCCAAUUUUCAGAGUCUGUUAGGCUUGUUUACGGUCCGAUCUUUCUCAAAACAAAAAGAUCGAUCCCCACACCAUUGUUCCCUUUACAUGAACAUUUUUAUCAGAGUUAGGAAGCAUCAAAAUGUUAUCUUUAGAUACAUAUGUUUAUGUUUUGACAAUCGAAAUGCUUGAUAAGUUUCUUAUGACAUAUAAAUACAUGAGAAUUGCUCUUUGAAU